AUUUCUCACGACUGCAUAUUUCUCAAAUCGUGCAAAGUGCCAUAUUUCGACGAUUGGUUUUCCACACUGAGGCGAUAAGGCGCGUCUGCACGGCGCGGCAACGUCGCUUCGAUAGCUCGCGUGUCGUCGCCUCUCAUAAUCGCCCGCUUGGGCACGCAGCUCACCAAUCGCCCCUAGUUGCCGCGACGCGUUCUUGUCGCGUGGACCUUUGUCGCGAACCGUUGUUGUUUCAAAAAUGGGUCCAAACAAACACACUUAUUAUCUCAGUGAAGAAACGGCCUGCAAACUAAUCAAGGAAGUCAAAUGUAGACCCUGUUUGUGGGAUCCAGAAGACGAAAAUUACACCAACAGAUUACUGUGCGUUACAGCGUGGAAAGAGGUGGCUAAAAACGUCGGACUCACAGAGAUUAUUCUUCGAGCGAAAUGGAAGAAUUUGCGCGAUCUAUUCAAGAAAGAAUUGAAAAAAUUCAAAACUACUUCGUUGAGCAAUUAUAAAGGGCGAUGGAGGUAUUUCCAACCUCUAUGGUUCCUUUUCAAAAUUUGUGAUACAAAUUUUGACGCCGAAACCCAAGAAAACGAUGAUCAGCUUGAGGUAGAAGUAGACAGUUUGAGUAACACAGAAUAUCUAGAGGAAAGCGGUCAAGAAGAUUACGAUGUAGAAAUUGAUAAUUUCUUUCAAGUAGAAUCGAAUAAAGUCGACUUCCUGCAGGAGGAUCCAAUAAGUGAAAGAAAGCCUUAUGCAGACGAUGAUUACGAUUUAAUGUUUUUGAAAUCGUUAAUGCCGUAUUUUAGGCAGUUGGAUUCGAUGAGGAAGUUGGUGCUGAGAAGUAAGAUACAGGAUAUGUUAAUGAAUGAAAUUGCCGCGCAGAAUGCAUCUAGACAUAAUAAGUGAAGUCUUACCAGGUUUGAUCCGCGCAACGCAUAGAUCCUAUUCUUGAGCAAAUGUUGUAACUUAAGACAAAUCUUUCAUGGCAACAUUUAACAACAUUCGAAUCGUCGCAUCGUGUCCUGUUUUUCAACAACAACGCAUGGCGACACGCGUCGUAGACGACAACUAAGUAAUAUUCGACAAAAUUAAAAGACAAGUUUCAAGAAUGGAGCCUCAUUCGCAUCACGCGUCUUUUCAUUUGGUCAAGUAGUGUUUAUUUGGCAGUAAUUGUUUCGGACGGAGAUCGAGAGUAGACCCCCUAGCGCGUCACUGCGCGUAAGCGACGCGUGAAACCGCUCGACUUUAGCCGAGUGUCGACGCGCGCGUGUCGAACUCGUUUAUAAUUAAAAAAACAGGUUACUAUAGGUAUUAGACUAUAAGCGCAAAAGUUGUGUAACCCACAUUCAAUUCGUUUUCUACAAAAUUGCUUUAAAUAAAUGAUCACGGAUCAGCCAUGACCAUGGGACCUGUAAAGGACCCAAUUGAAACCAAUUGGUUAAAAAUAGUUUCAUUUUAUCUACACGUAUAUCAAAAAAGGUAAACAUGUGACUACUAGUGGAAAAAUCUUCGUUUCUGAACGCCGAGUGACAUCGUACUUUCGCUCGAUCAUUAGCACGAACGGAUAUUACAAUUUUUGAAUCGAAAUCGAAUUCGAAAAAGUUAUUAACACCAGUGUUGCCAGAUUGUUACUUUUCGUACAUUCUGCGUCACUAUUGAUCUCUUCCCCGUUUUGCAGUGGCACAAACGCAAACCGCGAAGUUAAGAGAAAACAAAAUUUAAAAAAAAACUUUUGAUCUGUUUGCGUAUUAAGCAAGAAAAUUUUGCUUUCAAGGCAAUUUUUGUAACUUUAAGUUGAGAUUUUUUAAAUGCAACUGUGCAAAGUACAGCGUGUAAAGUAAUUAACUAAACAUUCUUUACUGCGUAUAAUAAAAUACAAUGACAAUACAGAACAAUAAGUAUACCCGGCUAAGCUAAUGUACAUAUGCCAGGUAUUCUUAUUGCUAAGUAGCAAUUAGACGCUUGUAGAAGCGCUACAGCCUACACCUUAGAGGUAUAUGUAAUUGACUAAAUGUAAACCAACCAUAAUGAGGUAUUUUAUGAGAUUAAAUUGUAAGUUACCUGGUUACUUAUCGUAAAAUUAUAACGAACUUUUUGAAAAUCGUUCCAAAUCUAUGAUAAUAUUUUCAGCUACUUAUUACGAACUGUCUAUUUAAAAUAGUUACUACUAAAUACUUAAAUCUAAACCGCAUAAAUUAAAUAUUUAAAUAAAGAUGUCUAAUAUUUUAAUGUCACAUAUCACAUAUUUCCUACGAGAAACAACCUAAAAAUCCAAAAGUUCGCAGCAUUAGGUGAAUGGUUCGCAGCCUUCAAAAAGACGGACAGUUAGUAUCAUGCGACCAAAUUAAAGAGCACGGCAGUAAUUCGACGUUCAUGAAACUCACUAAUAAAUAAUGUAAUUUUGACCGGUUAACCCGAUGCCAUUACAACUAGGUACGUACGUUUGCUUUGUUUGCAAGUGACAACUGAAGUUUGUUUACAUUUAGUUAAGUACUUAAACCUUUAUACUAUACACACUAAUUUUAAUACAAUAUCUAGUAUGCAAAAGUGGUGCGCGCCGCGACUGUGGCGCUGCAGCUGCGCUUCUUAAUAUUGUAUGAAAAUUAGUAG